AUGUAUGUGAAAUGGUUUGAUACAGUAAUGUUUUACUAUGUGAUUUUAGUGUAUUUAGCGAAUGUCACUUUUUGACAUUUUUAAAUUUCCCACCAGUUCCGUCCCCGUACGUCCUGACGUCGCAGGGAACGAACCCGGAAGACAGAUGCCAGCAUCGGCCGGAGGACAUUGCCAGGGACGCUGCAGGGGGGACAUCGCGGGAGCGCAGGACAAGGUAAGUGAAACAGGGAUCCCGGAGCAACGCUGCAAGGUAUUCCCAAGUGUAUCUCGGGGUUACCGCUUGUGCUACACUCGGGAAUACCGCCAGGGAGGU